GUUCAUGCGCUCAUUGGCCAAACACAUUUCAAAAGAAGAAUUCGGGUGAAAAAGUGAAGACGUAUCGGUGUUGAUUAUUCCACAGUUGUUUGUUGGAAAUAAUACUGUUUCUUUUAAAUCUUGUAUUUUAUCAAACUAAAUUCUUGUGUGGUUAUAAUAGAACAAAAUGCAGAUCUUUGUGAAGACGUUGACGGGCAAGACCAUCACUUUGGAGGUUGAACCCUCUGAUACUAUUGAGAACGUGAAGGCGAAAAUCCAGGACAAAGAGGGCAUCCCCCCAGACCAGCAGCGUCUCAUCUUCGCCGGCAAGCAGCUGGAAGAUGGUCGCACCCUCUCGGACUACAAUAUCCAGAAGGAAUCUACACUGCAUUUGGUGCUUCGUUUGAGAGGUGGUAUGCAAAUCUUUGUCAAGACUUUGACUGGAAAGACAAUCACCUUGGAGGUUGAAGCUUCUGAUACUAUUGAGAAUGUGAAGGCGAAAAUCCAGGAUAAAGAAGGUAUCCCUCCAGACCAGCAGCGUCUCAUCUUCGCUGGGAAGCAGUUGGAAGAUGGCCGCACUCUUUCUGACUACAACAUCCAGAAGGAAUCAACCCUACAUCUAGUUCUCCGUCUGAGAGGUGGCAUGCAGAUUUUCGUUAAAACUCUUACCGGCAAGACAAUUACUUUGGAGGUUGAACCCUCUGAUACUAUUGAGAACGUGAAGGCGAAAAUCCAGGACAAAGAGGGCAUCCCCCCAGACCAGCAGCGUCUCAUCUUCGCCGGCAAGCAGCUGGAAGAUGGUCGCACCCUCUCGGACUACAAUAUCCAGAAGGAAUCUACACUGCAUUUGGUGCUUCGUUUGAGAGGUGGUAUGCAAAUAUUUGUCAAGACUUUGACUGGAAAGACGAUUACCUUGGAGGUUGAACCCUCGGAUACUAUUGAGAAUGUGAAAGCAAAAAUCCAGGACAAAGAAGGUAUCCCUCCAGACCAGCAGCGUCUCAUUUUCGCCGGCAAGCAGUUGGAAGAUGGCCGCACCCUCUCUGACUACAACAUCCAGAAGGAAUCAACCCUACAUCUAGUUCUCCGUCUGAGAGGUGGCAUGCAGAUUUUCGUUAAAACUCUUACCGGCAAGACAAUUACUUUGGAGGUUGAACCCUCUGAUACUAUUGAGAACGUGAAGGCGAAAAUCCAGGACAAAGAGGGCAUCCCCCCAGACCAGCAGCGUCUCAUCUUCGCCGGCAAGCAGCUGGAAGAUGGUCGCACCCUCUCGGACUACAAUAUCCAGAAGGAAUCUACACUGCAUUUGGUGCUUCGUUUGAGAGGUGGUAUGCAAAUAUUUGUCAAGACUUUGACUGGAAAGACGAUUACCUUGGAGGUUGAACCCUCGGAUACUAUUGAGAAUGUGAAAGCAAAAAUCCAGGACAAAGAAGGUAUCCCUCCAGACCAGCAGCGUCUCAUUUUCGCCGGCAAGCAGUUGGAAGAUGGCCGCACCCUCUCUGACUACAACAUCCAGAAGGAAUCAACCCUACAUCUAGUUCUCCGUCUGAGAGGUGGCAUGCAGAUUUUUGUUAAAACUCUUACCGGCAAGACAAUUACUUUGGAGGUUGAGCCUUCCGAUACAAUUGAGAAUGUAAAGGCGAAAAUCCAGGACAAAGAAGGUAUCCCUCCUGACCAGCAGCGACUGAUUUUUGCUGGUAAGCAGCUGGAGGAUGGCCGCACGCUGUCAGAUUACAACAUUCAGAAAGAAUCCACUCUUCACUUGGUACUUAGACUGCGAGGCGGUAUGCAAAUAUUUGUGAAAACAUUGACAGGUAAAACAAUUACCUUAGAAGUAGAGCCUUCAGAUACAAUUGAGAAUGUGAAGGCGAAAAUUCAAGACAAAGAAGGUAUUCCGCCAGACCAACAACGACUUAUCUUUGCUGGCAAGCAGUUAGAAGAUGGGCGCACACUAUCAGAUUAUAACAUUCAAAAAGAAUCCACUCUUCAUUUAGUACUUCGUUUGCGAGGUGGAAUGCAGAUCUUUGUGAAAACACUGACUGGUAAAACAAUCACCCUUGAAGUAGAGCCCUCAGAUACUAUUGAGAAUGUUAAAGCCAAAAUCCAAGACAAAGAAGGCAUUCCACCAGACCAGCAGAGAUUGAUUUUCGCCGGUAAGCAGCUGGAAGACGGACGCACGCUUUCAGAUUACAACAUUCAGAAGGAAUCUACACUUCAUUUAGUACUUCGUCUGAGAGGCGGUAUGCAAAUCUUCGUGAAGACCUUGACUGGGAAGACCAUCACACUAGAGGUCGAGCCCUCGGAUACUAUUGAAAACGUCAAGGCCAAAAUUCAGGACAAAGAAGGUAUUCCUCCAGACCAGCAGAGACUUAUCUUCGCUGGUAAACAACUAGAAGAUGGGCGCACUCUUUCAGAUUAUAACAUCCAAAAGGAGUCUACUCUUCACCUGGUACUUCGUCUAAGAGGCGGUAUGCAGAUUUUCGUCAAGACUUUAACUGGCAAGACCAUCACAUUGGAAGUUGAGCCUUCCGACACAAUUGAAAAUGUUAAAGCCAAAAUUCAGGACAAAGAGGGCAUUCCUCCGGACCAGCAGAGACUGAUUUUCGCUGGUAAACAGUUAGAAGAUGGUCGCACGCUUUCCGAUUAUAAUAUUCAGAAAGAAUCGACACUCCAUCUCGUGCUUAGACUUAGAGGAGGCAUGUGAUCUGUUUUGUCUGCAUUCCUAAAUUAAUUACAAUGAAAGGAAAUAAAAAUAACUUUUGGAGUA